UUUUCAAGAACACCGCGACAGGCUGUUUCUCUCGCACUCCGAGGUACAACCACGCGAAAACCACAACUCGACCCGGUCGGUAAAUCAGCGGAUCACGCUGCGUACAUCUUUCCUCCUACCUUCCCCUCCUUCGCGUUUGCACGUGUCUUCCUAUCUUCUCCCCCUUCCCCCCCGCGGAGUCACGUGGAGGGGGUCAGGAGGGGGGGGGGGUCCCGGCUGUGAUUGCCUCUCCCCACCUCUGCCGCGCAUGCGCGCUCGCCCCAGCGAAAGUCUGCGGCGCAACUACACGGACGUACGUGCGCGAAGCCACGAUAGUUUUCCUACCGCGGUGUUUGGCGUCGGCCGGUCAUUCGUCGCACGAUCGUCGACGCGCGCGGACGCCUGAAGUGGGAGGGGACGUCUCGCGAAAACAGAAACGGAUACAAGUUUUUUAAUAUUUAUGUUUAUUUUCAAAGGAAGUUGAGACGUCGACCUGUGCGUGCCCCGCGUUGUGAGUGAAUCGUUAUUUUAUUUUAUUUUUUUAAAAUAAAUACAGACUCCACUCGCGAAGUGUGCUCGCCCGCGGAAGCCCUCUCCCAAGACGGCUACCCUCGUGACGUCAGCGGGCCCCUGGGAGGAGGACUUGUACUACUCUUCCAGCGACACGGAAGGCAGCGAUAUCUCGUGGUGCGCGCGCAACCCACGGCCUUAUCAAGCAUGCUAUGCGGCCAAUCGCGCUGCAGCAGCCGCCAUGGAAUCGCCCCAGAUGUAUGAUAGCGUGCACCCGGGCGUCGUACCGCACGAGGCGCCGGCCGCGAAGAAGCCAGCCGCGCUGAGCAACAACAACAACAGCCUGUCGGCCGUGAACAACAACAACAACAGCAGCAGCGCGGUCGCGAAGCCGCCGGGCCUGCUGAAGCAGCACUUCCACCCGGCCGACCUGGCAGACCUCAACAGCCCGGAGAUCUCGCUGGACCUGCAGAACCUCAUCGAGGACAGCCAGUUCGACCAGGGCCUGUUCACGGAGAUCCUGAACGGGCCGAAGACCCACUCGCACCAUCACCACCAUCACCCUCACGCGCCAGUGCCGCACCCGCAGGCGAGGCCCGGCGCGACGGCUCCCCUGCUCGGCUCCAGCUACCCCAGGACCACCUUGGCGUACAUGCCCCACCCCGUGCACUCCGCCUCCGCGUACAACAACAACCCCGCCGCCCCCAACAACAACUCCAACUCCUCCCUGUCGUCGGACAACUCCUCGGCGUCUUCGGGCAGCCUGCCCAGCAUCAAGGAGGAGCCCGUCGACCCGUCAGACUUCCGCACGGCGUGCCAGCAGGGCGGCGGUGCGGCGGCGGCGGCCGUGGCGGUCCCGGUGCCCUACUCCGCCGCCUUCUCGCCGCCCCACGCGCCCGGCGGCGGCAGCUUCGUGUCCAACGGCUCCGGGUCCACGUUCACCACCCUGACGCCGUCUUCCGUGCCGGGCGCCGCGCACCCGCACUCGCUGCUCGCGGGGCUGGGCAAGGCGGCGGCGUCGGCGGCGGCCAAGGCGGGGGCGGCGUCGCUGCACCACCAACACCAGCACCACCACCACGCCUCGCACCACGGCCGCAAGAGCUCCAAGUCGGUGGACAAGGCGAGCGACGAGUACCGGCGGCGGCGCGAGCGCAACAACAUCGCGGUGCGCAAGUCGCGCGAGAAGGCCAAGCUGCGGUCCCGCGAGACGGAGGAGAAGGUGAAGGUGCUGAUGAAGGAGAACGAGCGGCUGCAGAGGCGCAUCGACGCCCUCACCGAGGAGCUGGGCGUCAUGAGGAACCUGUUCGACAACCUGGGCAUGGUGCCCGAGCAGAUACACCGCGAGCUCAGCAAGCACCUCAACGCCUACCAGCAGCACCAGCAGGGCCUCUGAGAGUGCGCGCGCUCUCCCCUGUCCUUCAAGUCAACACGAGGGUUGUGAACAAAACUGUGUAGUGUGGUACCGAUGCUUUAGGAACGGACGAACCGGGGCGCCCCCCCGCGAUGCUCACGGAAAAGCGAUGGACGUUUUUUUCCUACGACGUUGAAGGUAGUGUGUGGCUUAGGUUUCUUUUGAAUUGAGUUGUGUGUGCGUGUGUGUCGAAGCACUCCAUCCUAUUGCUGUGGUGAGUUUUUUUUUGUUUUGUUUCUUUGAUUGAGUUGUUGAUUCGUUUCUGACUUUUGCUUCUGAAAGUACUAGUACCUUAUAGACGGCAUAAGUGCUCAUAUUAGGUAAAUGCCAAUGGAGUUGUUUUUUUUAAUAAUGUUUUUUUUUGUAUUUUUACUAUAUAAAUUCGAUAUUAGUCUCUUCGGGUUGCAAUUCUCAAUUUCUAUCAUUGAUAAAACUAUACAAAAAAAAGCUCAGCAGGCAAAUAAUAAUGCAAGCAAACUUUUUAACUGAGUGGCUUACUAUAGGCCUAGCUGAUUGUUUUAUUGGACUACCGGGGGCUUAACAGUUGAAAUCUCUUGUGUGUUUUGACAAUUAUUAUUCUUGCACGUAAUUUGAAGGUGCCUUUCUUAGUUUUGCAUAGACUUUAGAGCUAUGUAGUUGUGUUAACAUAACUAUCAUGCUGUUAUUCAAUUAACGGAAAAGCGAAGCGUGUACGCAUGGCUCAAAAAUUUCUUAUGCCUACCAUAAAUAUUUAAUGAAGGUGCCUUUGCUUUAUUAUUUAUUUGCAGAAAUAGCUAGGGCAUAUUAAAUUAAAGGUUGGUUGAAAUUUUUUUGCUAAUUUAUACCUUGGAACAUUAAGACAAAUUAAUCAUUGUUAAUAUUGUGUGCUAUGGUUUUUAAACAUUUCUUUAAGUUCGAAUGAAAGCUGGGUGUGAUCAAAUAUUUUUUUUAAAUCCAUGCAGUUUUAGCAUAAACGUUCUUGGAAAUUUUCCAAGGUUAUUGGUAUACACUUGGCCUGUAUGUAAUGUUUAGCUUGUUCAGUGUUUUGCUAAUAAACAAUGUUAGGUACAGGCCUGAUUAUGUGUAUUUUUUUUGUCUUUCGAGAUGGCAAUGUGCAAUUAUGAUUAUUUUUAUACCAGGUAGUACAUACGUAAUGCAGUAUCUGCAUGUUUGCUGCCAAAUUUGGUGAAGUCUUUAAAAAAAAACACUUGCUGAUUCUGAGCCCCAGUUUAAAAAAAAAAAUUGAAACAAUUGCGAUGUAAAUAUGAAUGAGCUUGUGUUAUGGAAACUUCUACACACUCCAGGUAUUGUUUAAAUUAUACCCAUUGUAUGGGGGAGUUUUGCAAUCUUUUCUUUCUUGUUUUAUCAUCACACAUCAUGCACUUUCCAGUGUUGGCUUGAUGAAAAAGACACUUCCUUCGUCCAGGCUGGUUCUGAUGAUGAUUACUGCCUUGGCAAAGAGUACGGCUUGCAAAAGAAUCUCAAAACAAUUUUAAAGUCACAAAUUGAAAUUAAAUAUUUUAUACCUUUAAUUUAGAAAUUAAUUUUUAGUGUAAUCUUAUGAAUAAUUAUCACCAUAGUGACUUAAUUUUAAAGUUAAGGUAGUAAAGUUCUGUGAAAUUUUUCUUUGAUAUUUGUUUAGUUAAUAUUAGGAGAAAACAAUAACGAUGUUGAUUGACAACGCGUAUAAGUGUUUACACACACGCAUAAUUUAUGUCAAGAAAAACUGGUUUAAUAUAAACAGAAAUGAUAGAGAAAUAAUAUUUGAUACAAACUCGUGGAUGCUAGUUCAAAAAGCCUUUGCAGCAGUCAUUUAUAGUCAGAUUCAGUUUGUAUGUGUUAGGAAUUAACACGUGAAUGUGGUACUUUAAGCCAUUUUUGAUUAUGGCAGACUCCUGUAUACUAGAACUUAGACCAGUUCGUUUGUAAAUUUCGAAGUGAGAUACAUAUCUUGUAUUUAUAUUAAGAAGAGUAUUUAUUAUUGGCAAAUUUGUAAUUUUACAACAUGAACUAUGUAUGUAUUAUAUAUUUGGACUGUAUUGAAGUGUUGUAUGAUAGCAGUUAAGAGUGUUAAUGUUAAAUAUAUAUUUUGAUAAAAAAUUAAAAUAUAUUUAUUUUAGCCUUAC